AUGCUCAAUAAAGCACUACGUACGAAUGAUAUCAAACCAUUAUUUUUUCUUCAUAAUUAUAUUCGACAUUUACAUGAACAAUUGAGCGUUUUACAUCAAAAGUCAAUUGAUAAUGAACGCAUAAUUCUUUAUCGUGGUCAACAAAUGCCGACAGCUGACUUUGAAAACAUCAAAAUAAAUUUGGGUGGUCUUCUAUCGAUCUCAAGAUUUCUCUCGACAACUACUCUUCUUGAUAUUGCAGAAGUAUUUGCUGGGCAUUCAAUAGAUGAUCCAACCAUUAGUUGUGCUCUUUUUGAAAUUUAUAUCGAUCCAAUCAAUCAUAAUGCAUGUCCUUUCGCUGACAUAGCACAAUAUAGUUACUUUGAUGAUGCGGAAAAAGAAUAUCUUUUCUCAAUGGGUGCGGUUUUUCGCAUAGAAAAAGUUCAUCUAACUUUAGCCGAUGAUAAUGACAUACAAUUGGCUGAGUUGAAAGAAGAUAUUAAAUCGAAUAUUUUGGAUGAAAAUCCUACACUGAUGCUUGGAGGAUUAUUAAUUCGUAUGGGUGAAUAUGAAAAAGCCAAGUUUUUCUACCAAAUUAGAUUAACUAUGGAAAAUGCUCCACUACGUUUAGCGACAGUAUGGAAUCAACUCGGUAUUAUCUAUAAUAAUCUUGGUAAUAUUGAAGAAUCACAAAAAUGUUACGAUAACGUACUUGAAAUAAAAGAAAAACAUUUUGGUAAAGAUGAUCCCGAAUUAGCUAUUACUUACAACAAUAUUGGUACUCUUUAUCAAGAAAAAGGAAAUCAUCACGUAGCACUGGCUUACUUUCAGCAUGCUUUGUCAAUACAUUUGAUGAAUCCAACAACGAAUCAAAAGUAUAUUGCAACUGAUUAUAGCAAUAUAGCGGCUAUUUACGUCGACCAAGGCAAACUUGAGGAAGCAUUUUUGUAUUAUCAACGUGCUCUCGAUAUAAAUCUGAAGAAUUUACCUGCUAAUCAUCCAAAUCUUUCUCAUUCAUAUUAUUUUUUAGCAAUGUCAUCGUAUGGUUUAGGUCGUUAUGAUGAAAUGAUAGAUUAUAUGAACAAAACACUUCCUCCAGAGCAUCCUGAUAAAAUAUUCCAUGAAACCAAUUCCUUCAAGUUAAUGUCGUUUGAUUUCAUAUCUUGUACAUUCUCGUAG